UGGCGUGGUUCCUUUUGUUCUUCCUCUUUUAAAAUCCACAUUCACUGUUAGAUGAUUGACCGUUCGUCUUCUCUGUCUCCAAGCAAGUCCAUCUAUCUGAGUAUACAAUCCAUGAGAGUUGAAGUUCUUCUCUGGUUUUCUUCUCUCGGUCGUUGAAUUUUACUGAGCAAACUGUGUAACGAAGUUCGUAAGUAAUGUAUCCCUUCUCGUAUCUUCUGUGCUUUUCAUUCCCUUUUGCUGGUGUAAUCCAACACCAAGUGUUCGUUUUUGUAUCUAUUUGGUUUUGAUUAGUCUGUGAAGAAAAAAGUUUUGGGGUUAGGUUAGGGUAUACUUGUUAAACUCUCUCUCUCGCUUUGAUUUUUCUAGUUAAGCUUUAAUUUGUUUCCGCUUUUGUUGAAUUUCUGAGUGGGAAUUUCCCCUGAAAUGGUGGAAACUAGGGUUUUUGAAUCUGGAAAUUCGAUGGAGAUGUUGAAUACGCGGAGGAAGGCGAAAGACUGCAGCAUUCCGGAAAUGAUUUCGUUUUUGCAGACGGCUUAUAGACCGAUGGAUUUUGAGGAGGUGGAGAGGAAGUUGAUGUUGCGAGAACAGAGGUUGAAGAUUGAUAAGGAAGCUUUGGAGGACAAGGUGAAACAUGCAAUGAAACGUGAGGUUGAACUAGAAGAAGAGUUGAAGGAUUGUCGAACUAGGUGUAGAGAGUUGGAAGAGACGAGGAGAAAUGUGGACGAAAGAAACAGGGCCUUGUCUAUCGAGCUUGAGAGAGUGAAGAAAGAGAGGAUCUCUCUUGGAGAAAAACUAGGCGGGUUGGAAUUUGAUAAAUAUGCCAUUGAAGAUGAGCUUAAGAAAUACAAGAGAUUGUACGAUCAGCUCAAAGAGAAGUUCAUUUGUCUCCAAGAAGAUUACAAAAUUGUAUGCGAAAGAGGGAAGACGACACGAGAAAGGAACUCUACUUUGUCGGAAGAGCUUAAGAAGAUGGAGGACGAUACAAGAGAGAAGUAUGUUCAGCUGAAGGUUGAGAAUAGGAAUUUGGAAUGUGGAAAAAAGAGAGCUGAGAAUGAGAUUGAGACUUGGAAGAAUAUGCUUGUGGAGUCAGAGUCUCGAGUCCUUAAUUUGGAAGAAGAUACUUUGGUCUUGAAGCUAGAAGCAGAGCCCAGAGGUUUAUUGAACGUCAUUUCUCAUGAAGACAAAGAGAAGAAGGGAGCAAGUUUUGCAACGAACAUUCAAGAAGAAGCAAAUAGUGCAAGUGACGGUGCCUGUUACAAAAGGUUGAAUUGUGAUGCAGGAAGCAACAUGCCUGUGGAUAUGGGGUCAUCUUGCCCUUCACCAGACGAAGGAAGCAUAAAUGUGCAGGUCACAGGUCCACCCUGUAUUUGCAUACCACAUAAGCAUUUGGUCAAAGUUGAGGAAGAGAAAGACAAGGUUUCUGUAAAAACUGAAUUGCAAGACAGAACGCGAGUUAGAAGGCUAUUUGAGUUUGAACAAGAAGGGAGCUCCGACCAAAAAAUGGCUGGAUCCAAACCAGCUAUUGGUAGACCUAUGGUUGCCAUUGAGAUUGACAGUGAUGAUGAAACUAGUGAAAUGAAGAUUAUUUCAGUGGCUACUUCUAACAUUAGGGACAAAGGAAAGACUCCUGUUUCAGUUGACAAUUCCUUGAAAGGAUUUUUGAAGGAUGAAAAAGAAAUGGCUCCUGAGAAUUGCUUGAAGAGAAUACAUUCCAGCCAAAGAGGAGAGAAGCAUAAGAGCAUCUGCAAUAUUACUUCUAGUGAUAGCGAGGGUGACAAUGAUGAAGAUAAAAUUCCAGUUCGUAAACGUAAGAUGAAGAAACUUCUAGAUUUAACUCAUGAAUCCAUGGGCUUUCCUGUGAAUCAGUGUUCUACGGCUUCUAUUUUAUAUUCUGGGGAUGGCAAGUUUAAAAAAUCCUUUGCUCCUUCAAAGUGGCCGCUGCUUCCACUGGGGCAAUGUGAAGAAAGGAAGGGUGGGUUGGAAAGGAUCUCUCCAGGUCAUUUGGGGAGGAAUGGGAGUGACACUGACUGUCAGAUAAUGGUUGGCCUGGCUGCUGAAAAUGCUCAAGAUCAUAAGAGGGGAGAUGUUGGUUCAGGUACUAAAGCUGCUGAUAGCUUGUAUGGGUUCAUGGUAGAUGGAUCGGAUUGUUCAGGUAGGGAAGAUACUUCUACUGACCGAAGGAACAGAAAAAAUAAAUCAGAAUGGACCUUUGAAGCAGACAUGCUCUCUUCCUUUCAGAAGGAUCCUGAACUCUGUAUGAAGGCUGUUUGUGCUCUCUAUAGGCAGCAAACUUUUGAGGAAAAAUCAAUCAAGGGUUCAUUGUAUUUGAACAACCAGGGGUUUAACAAAUUUGAUGCAAUCAGGGGAACUAACUUGGCCAAGUUUCUUAUGGAUGGGGCCUCACGAGGGCAGCUCAAGAAGACUGUUAAGGAGCUGGAGAAGCACAUGUUGGGAGGACUCGAUGAAUGCAGAAGGCUGGCUAUCCAACACUCCAAGCAUUUGUUCAAGAUUUACCAGAACAAAGAGGACCCUUACUUUCCGUGAUCAUCUGUCCGUCAAAGCUUGGAUGAAAGAGGUUGGGUACAUUCUUCUGUCCCUGUUUCUCUCAUGUAUAUGAAUGCAUCAGUCCUUAGGUUUCUGCUGUGGUGACGGAGCAAUUCAUAUGGCUCCAUUUUGCUGUCAUUACCGACAUAUGGUGAUUUUUGGUGUACUCUGAGCUCUGUCUAGUUGCGAGGGAAAUAAAGGGUAGGAAAAUGAAAUUAUACCAAACUUAAAAAGGAAUUUUUUGUAAUCUUACAUGACUGUUUUCAUCAGCUAAAAUCAUUGUAAAUUUACUUACUAAAUUUUACUUUCUGAAAAGAUGAACAAAAAUUACAUCUUAAAAA